AUGUCGGAAGACAAGACUCGUCCUCGCGUGGGCAUGGUAUGGCAUGGCGAGAUAAGGCCUGCAGCAUCAUCAGGCAUUCAGACUGACGGCCAUGUACCGAAGCUACUACGACUCCUGGGCAGCUCCUAUCUGCAAGCCAAGCUGCUCACCUACGAUAAGCUGAUCGUCCGUGGUCAAAUAUCCAACAUGCCAUUGGUCAGGGGCGCCAGGUGUGCCAGGUGUGACGGGCUGCGGCAGGGCGAUCAGACAAGAGCCGCGAUAAGGGACAAGGCUACUGCGAUCCCCGAGCCGCUGUAG